AGUUAUGAUUCUGGUUUUAAAUGGUCAAUUUGUCAAAGAUUUUUGUGAAUGUAUCGAGCUAUCGAAUUUGUCGAUUAGUGUUAUUAUCGAUAUACUAACUACAAUCGGCAGGUCUACAUGUGUUUACAAUUAUCAGUGAACUCUGAAAUUAUUACCCACAUAUGAUUUAUACCGGUGCGAAUAAUACGUCGGGGAAUCCUUUAUCGUUGUUAUCUAGGGAACGCCUCUUGGAUACCGGCAAUAUUCAAAGAAAGCUCAAUAAAAGUAAUGUUUAUUAUUAACCGGACGGUCAAUUUCCCGAAGGCAGCUGGUAUUUGUUACCAAAAAUUCUUCGCCACUACAGGAUUUGCGCCGUUCACUUUCAACUUCUUUAAAGCAAAAUUCGAAAGGAUUCUCCGCCGUUAUGUCUGAGGCACUGGACAAAUUGGAGCAAAAACAGAUACAAAAUAAAAUUGAGCACGAGACAGCGAUUGAACAGGUGAAGUCAACAAAACGUCAAAAACGUGAAUUGAAACGCAGAAAAUGGGUUGAUUGGAAUACGCAAGACGAACAGGCAGGUGACACAAAGCGUGCAGCUUUUGACCCAGCCAACCGGGUAAAGCGAAAAAAGUGUGCAAUGCUGUUAAGCUACUGUGGCGCGAAAUAUUUUGGUAUGCAACGUAAUCCUGGAAUGCAAACAAUUGAAGAAGAGCUAUUUAAAGCUAUGCUAAAGCACAAGUGGAUUACAGAGGAAAGUUUUGAGGCAGCACAAGCAGCAUGUUUUCAACGUGCUGCCCGUACAGACAAAGGUGUAUCAGCUGCACGUCAGGUGUGCUCGAUAAAGUUACCUGAUUCGGUGGAUAUAAAAGCUUUAAACGAAGAUCUACCCGAGGAUAUACGUGUCUUCGGUGUGGAACGUGUCACGAAAGGUUUUAAUGCUAAAGAUCAAUGUAAUGCUCGCACAUACACAUACACUUUACCUUCUGUUGCAUUUGCGGAUUGUACAGAAAAACAUGAUUUUGAAAAUUACCGAACUGUAGCAGCACACUUGGAAAAGAUUAAAGAUACUCUUCAACUAUACGAGGGUACAAAAAAUUUUCAUAAUUUUACAAGCAGAAAGAAUUUCUUAGACCCAUCUGCCAAACGGUUCAUAAUGUCAUUUAGCUGCUCUGAGCCAUUCGUUUCACUACAAGGCGUAGAAUUUCUUACGCUUAAAGUAAAAGGUCAAAGUUUUAUGCUACAUCAAAUACGAAAAAUGGUCGGCUUGGCGAUAGCAAUUGUACGAGGUAACACCACAGCGGCAACAUUGGAGCGUGCUUUGACCGAAGAGCGUCUAGAUCUACCAAUGGCACCUGGUUUAGGUUUGGUGUUAGAUACCGUGCACUAUGAACGCUACAAUGAUCGUUAUGGUAGGGAUGGCAUACAUGAACCGCUAACUUGGAGUAAACAAGAGACUGAAGUUAAAGAAUUCAUUGAUCGCUAUAUAUACGCCAAUAUAUAUGAAACAGAAACUAGGGAACGUUCAAUGAUGGAGUGGUUAGAGACUUUACCACUGCAUUCUUACGAUGCUCGUCGAGAUGAUGCUCAAACAACAAUGAAUAAUGAUGAUGCUGUGAAUAGGAAUAAGCAAAAUGACGACGACGAUGAAUGAAAUGUUUUGAUUCCAUUUUAACAAUAGAUAAUUAAAAAGAAAUGAAUUAAAAAAUUUUAAA